CAAGUCUAUUCCGAUUUUCAUUCUAAAACCCUUUUCUUUGCAUUUGAAGUGUUUAUCUGUCGACGUCGUCUUGAGUGAAAAAGUUCUAUAGAUACCAUGGCACAAGUAGACGCAGAGCAGAAUGUCUCAAAUCAGGGUACUAUAGUCGAAGAGGCUACAUCGGAAUCUUUAAGCGAGAAAGAAAACGAACAGGAAGGUUACGAACAAGAAGAAGCUCAAGAGAAUCAUCAACACCAUGAACAUGAAGGACAUUCUCACGAACAUGCAAUGGAAGAGGGGACAACCAGACAAAGUAAAGCAGAAAAAAAGUCAAGAAAAGCUUUACAAAAGUUGGGUUUGAAAGCAGUUUCAGGUGUUACACGAGUAACCAUCAAGAAGAAUAGAAAUAUUCUUUUUGUCAUUUCCCGACCCGACGUUUACAAGUCAGCAGGAUCUGAUACUUAUGUUAUUUUUGGAGAUGCCAAGAUAGAAGAUUUGUCGGUUGCCGCACAGACAGCUGCAGCUGAGCAAUUUAAGAAUCCCGAGUUUACAGCAAGUGGUAAAGGGGCGGAGCCAACGGAGGCACGCACUAUGGAGAAUGAACCAGAAGAGGAAGAAGAAGGGGAGUUGGAUGAAGCAGGAUUAGAGCCUAGUGAUAUUGAGUUGGUUAUGCAACAGGCAGAUGUAACUCGAGCCAAGGCGGUAAAGGCAUUACGGAAUCAAAAUGGAGACAUUGUCAAUGCUAUUAUGGAACUCACAGUUUGAUGAGCCAAUACUAGCAAGAUGAUCAACUUCUCCUAUGAGAAAAAUGGACAUUGCGCAGUUUGUGUCUUACUGCCAUAAA